AAAUAAAUAUGAUAGCCAACGCUGAAAGCGGCUAUGAUUUUGAUGAAUUAUAUGCUGAGGUAUUCCUUCUACUGACUUCCAUUGCUGGAAUUGGGAUGGGAAUUUACCAUACCAUGGGUAUUCUUAGGAUUCCCUUAGAUGAUUUCCAGAGAUUCAACGUUAGCAAUGAGAAAUCUGUUGAAAGCAUAAGAAAGAUGCGUGAAAUAAGCGGGCUCAUUGCUGAUGGAGCCACCACCUUCCUGACUCAAGAGUACAUCUUCCUCGGAAUCUUCAUUAUUCUGUUCUCGAUCUUGCUUUUCUUCACUGCUGAAGAAGACCUUGGAGAACUCUGGGUGACUUCUGCCUUCAUCCUGGGUGGAGCAACCUCGAUCCUGUCCGGUUUCAUUGGAAUGAAGAUUGCCGUCACUACCAAUGUCAAGGUCACCAAGGAGGCCUCGAAGUCGAUCCAAGACGCCUUUGUAGUCGCCUUCAAGGGAGGCGCAGUGCUCGGAUUCUCGCUGGUCGGAAUUGGACUGUUCAUGCUAACAGUUCUCAUCAUGAUUUACAGAGUGGCCUACCUCGACGAGUACGCAAGCAAGCAAGACUACAUCGACAUGUUCGAAGCCAUCGCUGGGUAUGGACUCGGAGGAUCUUCUAUUGCACUCUUCGGACGUGUUGGAGGUGGAAUUUACACCAAGGCUGCAGAUGUAGGAGCAGAUCUAGUCGGCAAAGUCGUUGCUGGGCUUGACGAAGACUCUCCACAAAAUCCAGGAGUUAUUGCAGACAAUGUAGGAGACAACGUCGGAGACAUUGCAGGAAUGGGAUCAGAUUUGUUCGGUUCAUUUGCUGAGGCAACCUGUGCUGCACUUGUGGUGGGAGCUACCUCAUCUGAAAUUGUAUUUAGCAAUGGAGCUUAUUAUUACUAUCCUCUCAUGAUAACUGGAGCAGGAAUCCUAAUUGGAAUCGUUACUUCCAUUGUUGCUUUGACUAUCCAAAAACCCCCAAGUGCUGAUAAAGUUGAGAAUACCCUCAAGUGGCAACUCAUCAUCUCAACUGUUUUGAUGACUCCAACACUCUAUGCUGUUGCUUACUUCUGCCUUCCAUCAUCCUUCACUUUUGUCGAAACUGGAACUAACUGCAGAUAUUAUCAUGCAUUCAUCUGCACUGCUACUGGAUUGUGGAGUGGUUUAAUCAUUGGAAUCGUCACUGAAUAUUAUACUUCAAAUGCCUACAGUCCAGUCCAGGAAGUUGCUGAGUCUUGUAAGACUGGAGCUGCUCCAAACAUUAUUUUCGGACUUGCUCUUGGAUUCUACUCUGUUUUAGUGCCAAUUAUUUGUCUUGCAGUGACUAUCUUUAUCUCUUUCAAGUUUUGUGAUAUGUACGGAAUUGCUCUUGGGGCUCUUGGAAUGCUCUCAACUCUCACUAUCGGACUUACUAUUGAUGGAUAUGGACCAAUCGCAGAUAACGCUGGAGGAAUCGCUGAAAUGUGUGAACUGGACGAAUGCAGACAGAUCACUGAUGCUCUUGAUGCUGCUGGAAAUACUACAGCAGCUAUUGGUAAAGGAUUCGCCAUUGGUUCAGCCUGUUUGGUUGCUCUUGCCUUGUUUGGAGCUUUCGUUACUAGAACUAAUUUAGGAAUUGUCAAUAUUUUGCAACCACUCCAAUUCUCUGGUUUAAUUAUUGGAGCCAUGCUUCCUUACUUGUUCACAGCCAUGACCAUGAAAUCAGUUGGACUCGCUGCUAAGAAGAUGAUAGUUGAAAUCCAGAGACAAUUCGAUACUUAUAGAAUUCUAGAAGGUGAAGCCGAUCCAGAUUAUGAGAGUUGUAUUGCUAUCUCAACUAAGUCCUCUCUCCAAUACAUGAUUGCUCCAGGACUUUUAGUGCUUUUAUCACCAUUCUUUAUAGGACUUUUCUUUGGAGCCGAAGGAGUUAGUGGACUUUUGGCAGGAGCCAUUGUCUCAGGAAUUCAACUUGCUAUCUCAUUCUCGAAUGCAGGAGGAGCAUGGGAUAAUGCUAAGAAAUAUGUAGAAGACGAUAAACUUGUUAUCAAUGGUGAAGUAAGAGGAAAGAAUACUGAGGAGCAUAAAGCUGCUGUUAUUGGAGACACAGUUGGAGAUCCUCUCAAGGACACCUCAGGACCAUCUCUAAAUAUUCUAAUCAAGCUGAUGGCUAUCACUUCAUUAGUAUUUGGAGGAUUCUUUACAAGAGUUGGAGGAAUUUUGAACAAGUAUAUCUAAAGAAAUUCAAAAUUAUUCAAUA